CUUUUUAUAUUACAACGUGCAUCGUAUUUUCAAGAAUCUGAUGCAAUAUUAAUUGCAAUUUUGCAAGAAUAAUUCUAUAUAAGUAAAUAAGUUUCACUUUUUUGAGAAAAACUUUAUAAGAAAAUGCCGGCUGAGGAAAUGGCCAACUUAUCGUUGGGAGCUAUAUAUACUUCCGAAAAGACAGGCUGCGACGAAAGUGGUGAUGGUUCCGAACAGAAGCCAUACAAAACCAUUUUGCAAGCAAUGAGACAUGCUGGCAAGGAACCUUUUCCUGUAAUUUAUGUCGACAGCAAAGAUCCCGAAGCAACUGAAAAAUACGAAGCAGCUGCCAGGUCUCAACUGAAGAAAAUUCAAAAGCUUUGGAUGCGUGAAGGUUUUAAAAACGCCGAUAAAGAGAAACGUGAAGCUGGAGAUGCUGAAAAACGUAAACAAAAUUUGGAUGAAGCCAAAAAGAUUGUCAUCUCUGAAGAUCCAAGUUGGCCGGCGGCCGAAAAAAUACGCAUCUUUGAGGGUGCUGAAAACCGUGAGAAACGUGUAAAAAUCUUUGGUUGGGUGCAUCGUAUGAGACGCCAAGGCAAAGGUUUAAUUUUCAUAACAUUGCGUGAUGGAACCGGAUUUUUGCAAUGUGUGUUGCACGAUCGUUUGUGUCAAACCUAUGAUGCUUUGACACUAUCUACCGAGAGUUCAGUGCAAUUGUUUGGUACUUUAAAACCUGUACCAGAGGGCAAAUCGGCUCCAGGUGGCCAUGAAAUGCAUGUAGAUUAUUGGGAAUUGAUAGGAUUGGCUCCCGCCGGCGGUGCAGAAAGUAUCCUAAACGAAGAGGCUCAUCCAGAUGUUCAACUGGAUAAUCGUCAUAUUAUGAUUAGAGGUGAAAACACUUCGAAAAUUUUGAAAAUGCGUUCCGUUGUAAUGCAGGCUUUCCGUAGCCAUUACUUUGAUCGUGGAUACUGUGAGGUAACCCCUCCCACUUUGGUACAAACUCAAGUAGAAGGUGGUUCGACUCUUUUCAAAUUACAAUAUUUCAGUGAAGAGGCCUAUCUCACUCAAAGUUCUCAAUUGUAUUUGGAAACUUGUUUGCCAGCAUUGGGCGAUGUCUUCUGUAUUGCCCAAAGUUAUCGUGCCGAACAGAGUCGUACUAGACGUCAUUUGGCUGAAUAUACACACGUUGAAGCAGAAUGCCCCUUCAUUAGUUUUGACGAUUUAUUAGAUCGUUUGGAGGAUCUUGUAUGCGAUGUUGUUGAUCGCGUUUUGAAAUCUCCCUGGGGUCAUUUAGUUCAUGAAUUGAAUCCCGAAUUUAAGGCACCCACAAAACCAUUUAAACGUAUGAACUAUGCUGACGCUAUUAAGUGGUUGAAGGAAAACAAUGUUACCAAGGAUGACGGUACAUUCUACGAAUUCGGUGAAGAUAUACCAGAGGCUCCUGAACGUAAAAUGACUGAUGCCAUUAAUGAACCCAUUAUGUUGUGUCGUUUCCCUAAGAAUAUCAAAUCUUUCUAUAUGUCUACUUGCCCUGAGGAUAGUCAACUUACCGAAAGUGUUGAUGUUUUGCUGCCAAAUGUUGGUGAAAUUGUGGGCGGAUCCAUGAGGAUCUACGAUAAUGAGGAGUUACUUAAGGGCUAUGAACGCGAAGGUAUUGAUCCUAAACCCUACUAUUGGUAUACCGAUCAACGUAUAUAUGGUGCUCAGCCCCAUGGUGGUUAUGGUUUGGGCUUGGAACGUUUGCUCUGUUGGUUGCUUAACCGUUAUCAUAUCCGUGAGGUAUGUUUGUAUCCACGUUUCUUGGACAGAUGCAAACCUUAAGCAGUUAACUAAAACUUGAGGGAUAUUAUUUUAAAUAAUGAAGGAAAGCAUUUUGAAUGUACUGCAUAAAAAACAUAAUAUUUAUUUGUUGUAAUGAACAAAAAUAAUAGAUUAUUCUUACUCCAAUAAAGCAUAUAGCCGGCUUAAAUUACACAUAA